UCCGGUUACGUCAGCGUGUCUGGACUCCAUUAGGGGGUUGCAGCUGUUUUGACAGAAACAACAACAAAAACGGGACGACUGACGGGGCUUCUACAGUGUCAGCGCGUUCAAGCCGGGUUACGAGGUCUGAAUCCGGGGAGCUGAAACCUCCUUUCCCACCCGGGGCUUCGCCGGCUUCUAACCACGGCCGCUCUCGGUGAGGAAACUCUGGCCUCCGCUUCCUCCUCCUCCGACUCGGACACCGGCGGAGCGUCGCCGCCCCCGCGGAAGAAACACCGAGCCUCGGCGGCGGAGGGAGCAGGAGAGCCCGGGGCUUCAACAGUUGUGUUGGGCCUGUCUGGAGUUGUUCUUGGACUUGCUACAUCUUCACUGCACUCUCAAGCCAGCUCUGCUAUUCACUUUAACCGAAGCAUCGUCAACAACCUUAGCAGCAACAUGCAAGCAAACGGGGCAGGACAGGGACAGGAAUCGUCGGACCUAUCCUGUCUGAAUAGCGCACAAAACGGGGAGUCGUCCUCUGCUGGUGGAACUCACUCCAACGGGCUGCUCUCCAGUACAAACAAUGGGAAUAAUGUCGGUACCAAUAACGGGGCCACCACCGGACCAAACUCCGGGACCUCGACCGCCUCCACAGCCUCGGGUUCUGGCUCGGAGGUCGGCUCCUUGAAAAAGAAGAAACGUCUUUCGCAGUCGGAGGAAGAUGUCAUCCGAUUAAUAGGACAGCAUCUCCACGGUUUAGGGCUAAAUCAGACGGUGGACCUGCUGAUGCAGGAGUCAGGCUGCAGACUUGAACACCCCUCAGCCACCAAGUUCCGCAGCCAUGUGAUGGAGGGGGAGUGGGACAAGGCGGAGAAUGAUCUCAACGAGCUGAGGGCACUGAUGCGCUCCCCCAACGCCAUUGUGCGUAUGAAGUUCCUGCUGCUGCAGCAGAAGUACCUGGAGUACCUGGAGGACGGGAAGGUGCUGGAGGCACUGCAGGUGCUCAGGGCAGAGCUCACCCCCCUGAAGUACAACACAGACCGCAUCCACGUCCUCAGCGGGUACCUGAUGUGCAGCCAUGCGGAGGACCUGCGUGCCAAGGCAGAGUGGGAGGGCAAGGGCACAGCCUCCCGCUGCAGACUGCUGGACAAGCUACAGACGUACCUGCCCCCCUCGGUCAUGCUGCCCCCCCGCAGACUGCAGACCCUGCUGCUGCAGGCGGUGGAGCUGCAGAGAGAGCGCUGUCUCUACCACAACACCAAGCUGGACAGCAGCAUGGACUCUGUCUCCCUGCUGCUGGACCACACAUGCUCACGUCCUCUGACCUUAGCUAACCUCCCUCUCUCGUGGUCGUGCUCCGCCUACAGGAAGCAGUUCCCCUGCUACACCCAGCAGAUCCUGACGGAGCACUGUAACGAGGUGUGGUUCUGUAAGUUCUCCAACGACGGAACCAAGCUAGCCACCGGCUCCAAGGACACCACCGUCAUCAUCUGGCAGGUGGACCCUGAGAACCACCAGGUUAAGCUGAUGAGGACGCUGGAGGGCCAUGCGUACGGGGUGUCCUACCUGGCCUGGAGCCCUGAUGACGCCUACCUGAUCGCCUGCGGCCCCGACGACUGCUCUGAGCUCUGGCUGUGGAGCGUCCAGACAGGAGAGCUGCGCACCAAGAUGAGCCAGUCCCACGAGGAUAGCCUGACCAGUGUGGCCUGGAACCCAGACGGCAAGCGCUUCGUCACCGGGGGCCAGAGAGGGCAGUUCUACCAGUGUGACCUGGAUGGUAACCUGCUGGACUCGUGGGAGGGGGUGCGUGUGCAGUGUCUGUGGUGUCUGAGUGACGGGCGCACAGUCCUGGCCUCCGACACGCACCAGCGCAUCCGAGGGUACAACUUUGAGGACCUGACCGACAGGAACAUAGUUCAGGAGGACCAUCCUAUCAUGUCUUUUACUGUUUCCAAGAACGGAAGAUUAGCUUUGUUAAAUGUAGCAACUCAGGGGGUGCACCUGUGGGACCUGCAGGACCGUGUGCUGGUGAGGAAGUACCAGGGUGUGACCCAGGGCUUCUACACCAUCCACUCCUGCUUCGGGGGCCACAACGAGGACUUCAUCGCCAGCGGGAGUGAAGACCACAAGGUUUACAUCUGGCACCGCCGCAGUGAGCUGCCCAUCGCUGAGCUGACGGGACACACGCGCACGGUCAACUGUGUGAGCUGGAACCCGGCCAUCCCAGGGCUCAUGGCCUCCGCCUCCGAUGACGGCACCGUGCGCAUCUGGGGCCCCGCCCCUUUCCUGGACACGCAGGAAGCUGACGGGCUCAACGAGAACUGCAGUAACAUGGACAGUUGAUGGUGACUUUUGGACAGAAGACUCCUUCACUUCAACAACAAUGACAGAAACACAAACAUCCCAACUAGCAACAAAAUCCAACAAGAGAAAAAACAACCAAGUAAAAAAAGACAAACAGAUACGCAAAGUAGUUGAGUCUUUUGACCUGGAGAAACUGUGGAGGUGAGGGUGAAAGCACUCUUAGACAAGCAGGGUGUUCAUCCUGAACCAGCCCCCCCCCCCUGGACCCCUCCACGACACCAGGACCCCCCUCCCACAUUCAGCCUCGCCGGCCUCCCUCUCCUCCCCCACCCGGCCCUCUGGCUCCAGCUGCUCCAGGGACUGUCCUCUCCAACCUGUCCCUGCAGACGCAUCUCUUUUCCAGGCCUCAAGGCCAGCGUCCUCCCCCUGAUCCACCUCCCCGCGCCCAUCUCACACCUGCUGUCUGCAGAGCAUCUCUCUCACCUGCCUGUGUGUGUGUCGGGGGGGGGGGGCUGGUGGAAGGGGAAAAUAGCAGACUUCGCUCGAUUUGUUUUCCAUCAUCUUCCUCCUUUCUUUGCACCUAAGUUAUCGAAUGAAGGCUGGUAAUCAUCCACACUCACCCGAUCUACGUAGUGAAAACGAGAAGGGCCAUGCUUGCGUUGAGUUGCUGGGUGACAAUCGUAGUGUUGUUAUCCUUGCACAUGUGCAUUCUGGGGCUGUGGAGGGCUUCAGUGUGAAAGUAGAAAACACUCUCCCGAAAAAACAAAACAAAAAUGAGCUCUUUUUAUCCAGUUUCCUCCUGUGUCUCUCAAGCCCCUGUUGCCCUGGCGACUGCCCAGCUCAUAACUUCACCUUAGAGGGUCAGGGGCCAGCGUUACCUGAGAGGUCCAGGGCCGUGAGGGGUGAAAAGUACCCCCCCCCCCCCCCCCCCAGUAGAGGAGUGAAAAGUGCUUAUUUUUUUAGUGCACUAAAGACUGUGUGUGUGUGUGUGUGUGUGCUUGGGUGGAACGUCUGACCACAGGUGCAUGCAUGCCUGUGUUGGUGUGUUAUUUCAUGUGUGUGUGUGUGUUCAGGUCUCACCAGCAUCACAUGACCCAUGCCCCCUCGUCCUCCCGAGAGAUUCUAACCCCCCCGAGACAGAGCCUCAUCCCCAUAGCAACCUCCGUCUGUGGAAACACACUUCAGAUCCAGUUUGUAAAAAAACUUUUAUUUUAUUUUUAUCUGGGGGUUUUCAUUUUACAUUUGACUUUUAUACUUCUCCUUACCACAGCAUUCAGAUAGCACUGCAGGAUUGGCAUUGAUAGAUUUUUGUGGGGAGACAGGAAAUAAUACAAUGAAAAGCUAAAUGACCUCGGUUUCUAAAAGCUGUAAGCUCUCGUGUUGAGCAACCAGUCAUUUCAUAAGUGGAGUGGAUUGUAAUGUUGUAGAUGGAAGGCUACUGUUUGGCUGGGCAGUGAAGGAAGAGACACACACACACACACACAGCCUAGCCCCAGCACACACACACACACACGGCCUAGCCCCAGCACACACACACACACACACGGCCUAGCCCCAGCACACACACACACAUUAUCCUCAGCACGCGUGCGCACAUACACCUACUCAGAGUGUGUAUGCAACCUAGCAGCACUUUGAGGUCUAUUGUCAUGGCUCAGCUGCUUCUGAUACAAAGGCCCAAUCCCAAAACAAGCCCUGGCACCUUCCCCAUGCCGACCAGGGGCACUGCUGGGCUGUCAGCUCAGUGCAGUCAGGAGACUAGGUUUAUAUUGGAACAGAUGCCCACACUGGUCUAGUAGCUUCCUAUGCAGUUACAUGCUCUCGUUACGCUUCAAACACACACAGAGGGUGGGGCUCCAUGUUACAGUCAUUCCUCCUGCACUCUAGCCAAGCCCAUCUGGCCGUGGUCAAGUUCACCUCACAAUGCUUCUUCCUGCCCUGUUCAGGGUGUGUCAUGAUUAUUUGCUACAGACUGAUAAAAAAAAAUGUUUAAAAAUAAUGCUUUUCUGUCUGUUUUUAUUGAAUUUUGUUACUUGUUCUUUUUUCUCAUUAUAUCAUUUUUUGGGUUGACUUCUCCCUGUAUUAUCAUAUUAAAAUAUAACCAGACAA